GGGCCGGAAGCUGUGCUGCACCGUCUGAAGGACGGAAAGGAGGAUUUUUGUUUUCAUGAAAGUCAAGUUAGAAGAUUAAAAUCCCGGAAAAUUAAAACGAGAGGCCGACGUGGAAUAAGGGGGAAAUGGGGUAGUUUCCCGGUGAAAACUGCAGGGUUGACAGCGCCAACCCAAACAGGAUAUCCGGUUUGUUCGCCCAUCACCACACGUGUGAAAGAGUGAGGACGAAAAGCGUCAACAAAUCCUGUGGGAGUUUAUUUUUCCCUCCCGAAAACAUCAACCCAACAGUGUUUUUGGACGCGGUUUGAAACCAGAAACCGUCAACAUGUUCCUGCAGUAUCACCUGGACGAAAACGGAGAUCGAGUGUACACUCUGAAGAAAGUAGCACCGAAUGGGCAGCCCACCAGCUCAGCCCACCCAGCACGCUUCUCCCCGGACGACAAGUUCUCUCGACACAGGGUGACGUUGAAGAAACGCUUUGGACUUUUGCUCACUCAGCAGCCCACGCCUAUUCUGUGACCCCCAAGACAGCACCGGCAAGCAAACAGUCCAAGGAUGUCAGCGUGUCAGAAUGUGUGGAGUUUGAGCAGAUGUCAAGCCUUUUUUUUCCAUGCAUCACAUUUGUGAACAUUUUUCUUUUGCUAUUCCCAAACUUGGUUGUGAUGAUAAAACUGCGGCCGAUCUCCAGUAUCAGGGUCAACUUUGAAUAAAAUCUGCUACAGUGUGUGUUCUGUUUUCAAGGGUCAGCAACUGUCCAGCCUGAUAAUUAACCUAGGAUGAAUGUUUGUAACUAUUAAAUGUUGACAUGGGUCAAAGACGACGAAGGGCUUAAAGUUGGAAAAUAAAGUAAAGAUGACAAUUGAAGCGCUUUGCGUGUUUACC